AUGCCUGGUGUACGGCACUACCUCGACCUGCACCACCUGCGCCGGCUAGAGUGCGUCGUCCUCGCACCUCGCUCGAACCUCGGACUUCUCGAAGCUGAUCCCCUCCCCGUCGUUGCGGUCAGCGAGUAUGCUUAUUCGGCGGUCGACAAGUCGCCUGUGUCGCAGUACAUCAUGCGGCACUGGUGGACCUGGACGGCGUCGUUCGCUCCGCCCUGGCUUGCACCCAACGCUAUCACCGUCAUCGGAUUCUGCGCCAUCCUGCUGAAUACGGCGACGGUCGCGUUGGUAGCGGGAGACUUGCGAGGGAGCGAGAACGGGUGGGUGUGGGCGAGUUGCGCUGCAGGACUGUUCUUCUACCAGACAAUGGACAACAUCGACGGCAAGCAGGCACGGAGAACGGGAACGAGCUCGCCAAUGGGAGAGCUGUUCGACCACGGACUGGACACGCUCAACUGCCCGCUCGGUGCGCUCAUUCAGGCGUCGGCGAUGGCGCUUGGCCCGUCAUCGCUGGCGCUGCUCUGCAUCCUCGUUCCGUGCUGGAGCAUGUACGUCAGUACGUGGGAAGAAUAUCAUACCGGCACGCUGUAUCUCGGCUUCGUGAACGGACCCGUCGAAGGCGUCCUCCUCGCCGUCUUGAUUCUCGUAUGGACAGCCAUCAAAGGCUCGUCCUGGUGGCUCCUUACCGUCUCCGAAGCGUUCGGGGAUGUCGCGCUCCUCCCGUCAAGCUGGCGGAUGAGCCACCUCGUGAUUGCUUUUCUGACCAUCGCAUUUCUGACGACGCAUCUCCCGCUCUGCCUCUGGAACGUCUACUCGCAACUCACCUCCCCUCCGCGCCGCCCUCUCACCCGACCAGGCCGGCACUCGACGACCCUCAACCCUCCUUCUCCCGCUGAAGCGUUCCAGCAGCUCCUUCCGAUUGUCGGCUUCAGCGUGUUGACGGUCAUGUGGGUCCUGAGCCCGCAGAGCGUGAUGCUCGAGGGAGGAGGGAAGUUGGUUGAGUUUGCGCUUGUUGUCUGCUUCCUCUUCGGCCAGCUCUCAUCCAAGAUCAUCCUCGCGCACUUGACGAAGGGGCUCUUCCCGUUUUCUUGGCCGCUCCUCAUUCCUCUCGCAAUUCCGGCUAUCGCAGUCAACACCCCUUACCUCGGGCUCCCGUCUCUCCUCCCUCCGACGCUCGAAGCGCUCUACCUUCACCUUCUUCUCACCCUCUCGCUCCUCUCCUACACCCUCUCCGCCCACGCCGUCCUCUCCUCCUUCUGCGGCUACCUCGGCAUCUCCUGCCUCACGAUCCCCUUCCCGAACAAGGCAGUCGAGGGGUGGGUGCCUCUGCCCACCGUCAAGCUGCACCAGAGUGCUCGACCGCCUUCGAUGGGCGAGUACGGCGCGCAAGAGGAGGUGGAGACGUACCCCCCUGCAUCGGCUGCCGGACGGGCGCCCCUCGCGCUCGACCGCGUGAGGAGGUGGCUCGAUUCGGCUGCUUCGUCCUCGUCCAGGGGAGACGGGUCGUCGCUCGGCGUGAACGGCGAUGCGGGAGGAGGCGGACGGAAACGGAGCAAUACGAGCGAGAGGGAGAGGGAAGUUGGGCUGGGUGGCAGCGGCGGUGCAGCGGGUGCGCCGUCACCUCUAGGUGUGGGAGGAGCUGGCGGUGCGGCGGGACAGGCGGGCAGGAUCGCGGGUUCGCCACGGAAGGGAGGAAGGGCGUGA